ACCGUCACGUGACUUCUGUGUUGGCAGUUUGUGACACAAGAAAAUGUCCGAAUUUUAAUGCGUCUGUUUUACAGUGUGUGUUUUUCAAUAGUAUAGCUAAAAAAAUGUAACAGCCCAAAUUAAUAACACUUCCUUUAACUGUUUACAACAUGCUAGAUGCGGCCGAAUGCUGUAGCUCCAUGGAGGUGGCUGUUAUCCCGGAAAACCAGCACUUCGGACAUGUUCGGGACAUCCAGAAGGCUGAACUGUGUUAUGGGGGCUCGCUGCUCUGCUGCCUGGAUGUUAGGGGACAGCUGGAGCUGUGGGAUCCGUCUGACAGAGAGGCCCUUCCGGUUGCAGUGGAAGGGUGCUUUCGAGACUUCUCCUGGGAGGAGGUGGCAGCUCACAGCUCGGAGGUCAGCGCCUUCAGUUUGUUAGCUGUUGAGUCUCAGAAUCACCUGAAGCUCCUGGAGGUUGAAGCAGAACAGUCCUCCAUUUCUCUGAUUUUUGUCUGCAAAUGUCCAGCAGACCUUCUGCUGGACGUUGUCACCAAGCAGGACCAAAGUGUGUGUGAGCUGCAGUCUGUGCAGGUGUUGUCCUUUGCUGCUGGCCGAAGCUGUGUGAUGGUGAACUGGGACUGGCUUCUGCAGCUGCAGUGGCAGCAAGACGAGGAGGAACCGAAGGUGCUGUCCUGUUGUGGUGUGCAGCUGAGCAGCAUGGACAGACAGACCGCUGUUCAUCACUGUGUUUGUGCAGAAACUCUUUUCAUCCUCAGCGCCAUCGGAUUCAUCUCUAUACACAGCAUCACAGAUGGCCUUCUACUGGCCACCAUCGACUUGCCUGCCUACCUGACUCCUGGGCUGGCUGAAGGUCGUGCAACAUCCUUCUGCCUGGUCCAGGUGUCAGCUGAUCUCAGUACAGCUGUAGCUGUGACUCAGUCUCACACAGCUGUCGCCAUAGACCUGAACCACUACUUCAGGACAUACCCGGAUCACCUUCUCUGUCCCGUUCCACAGUCCAGUCUGCCUCUGCAGCCCAAGAUUUCCAGGGACCAGGAUAGCUUGUCCAGCUCCAGCUGCAGUCUUGCUGCUCUUGGAUCCCCCUUCAGUGAUGACCGCUCCUGGGAAGCUCGUCUGUCAUCCAUGUAUAACCAAGCUCAAAAGUCAGCUGCUCCCUCCUCCUCUCCCCUGCCUGCUGGGACAUUUUGGACCUCCUCGCUCCUCCACCUUCAUUCCCACCUGGCUCCAGCCUCAGGCCACAGCAAAGCUCCACCUGGUGGAACGAUGGCUGUUUUCUCUGUUCCUGAGUUCUCCACUCCCUCGCUGCUCGCUGUUUCAGAGUUCUCAGCCCUUCUGACCUUUGUGACCCCUGGAAACAACCAGACCACAGUGGCCUUAUGGGAUGUGGAGUCUGGGCACGUGAGCCACCACCACACAGAGGGUGAAGCGGCUCCAGUUCAGCAGUGUGGGGACAGACCGCGCAGGCUGCUGAUGAAGAGGUCCGGCGUGUUUCAGAUCCUGUUCUCUGUGACACAGCAGGACCUGCUGAGCAGGCUGAUGUUAUUUGGCAGUGCAGCAACAGUGGAUGCAGUUUGUCACCUGAACAGCUGGGGGCACUGCUCCAUUCCUUUUCACACAUUACAGGCUGGACUGAAGAACCGUCAGCUUGAUACAGUGGACUUUUACCUGAAGAGUAAAGGAAACCUCUUGAACCUGUCAGGAGUGCUUGGUUCUGCUGAUCUGCCUGCAGACUCCAGGCUGGGUCUAACAGACAGUUUGGAGGAGCUAUUCCCUGCAUUGGACUUGUUGUGUUCCGCUGUCAGAGACUCCAACAGCGAGGCAGAGAGUCGUCAGUUCUCUGAGCAGCUCCUGACCAUCACCAUGAGCUUCAUCAACACUCAGAUCCGCUUGCUGCUCUGCAGCUCUCACUAUGAGUACCCCGAUGUGCAGAAAUGUGUAGAAGUUUUGGACCGGUACAUUACAGAGCUGAGGAGCUACAUGAAGAAGUUUCCCUGGACCGGUCCUGUCGGUUCUACUCAACGUCGGGAGGAAGAGGAGAGGGAUCCAUGGGAAGAACUUCCUACAGAGGAAGUGGUCCAGCGAUCUAUCCUGACCAAUCAGAUCCCCAGAGCUCAGGCUGUGCUGCGGAAGCAGAACCGGCCUGAGCAGCGUCUAUCAGCUCUGAGAAUGGAGGGUUUGCAUCAGACGUUCUCAUGCCUGCAGCGCAGGGACCUGCAGACCGCCACGGUGCUCCUCACCAACAUGGGCUUCAAUGUGAAGGAGCAGCUUCACAGCAUCUGCAUGUACACCAGCCAUCACAAGCUCAGAGAGUUCAUGGUGGAGGAGUUCUCAAAAACAACUUUUCUGUCUGAGACAGAGAUGAAGAGUGUUAUGUUCAUCAGGAAGAUGGAGAAGCUUGGCUUACAGCCAGCUGUCACCCACUCAGCUCAGACUUCAUCACACAGAUUCGUUCAGAUGGGCUAUAGGGAGUCGAACAACGAGGAGGUCCUGAAGGAGAUUGUGGAGCAGAGGCAGCUUGAGAAGGUGGAAGAACUCUGGAGGAACCUUCGACUGGAUUGGGUGAAGAACUGGGAUGAAAGCUGCCAGGCUGCCAUACUCUUAUCCAGACUCAAGCCCACAGAGCUGGGUGGCUGUGACUCUUCGGUGCUGUGGCGCCACCUGACUGGCCUCCAUGACCAGCAGCAGGUCUGUGAGUGGAUCCAAACCCAGAGGCCUACCAGCUCCCCCUGCUGGCCAGACAUUAGUCCAGAACUGGUUAACAACAACACCAUGUGCAGCAUCUACAUGAAGGAGAGCAUCCUAGACCUGCUGGCCAGAAAAGGCAUUUUCAUCCCUGAGGAGAUGUCUGACUUGGAGCAGCUGUUAUGGCGGAUGUCCCAGGGUGAGGGUCUGAUGGCAUCAUCCCAGCCGGUGCCUCAGUACUGCUCUUCUCUUGGUCUUGACCUCCACAGCAUCUUCAUUACGUUCUUUCUGGAACGUAAACUUCAGUAUCUGCUGUAUACCUAUCUGGAGCACUACAAAUUGACACCCAGAAACUGUCCUCUUCUUACUGAUCAGAACCUGUUAGAGGGUCAGCCCUGGUUUGAGAUGCUGGUGAAGAUCCAGGAGAUAACCAGAGAUCGCUCAGAUCCAGGACUGGUGUUCCAGGCCAGUCUGACUGGUGCCCAGGUGCUGUUACCUGGUGGCCAGGCUUCUCUCAGUAGUCUGCUGUUAGAGGGACACAGUCUGCUGGCUCUGGCUGCAGCUAUGUUUGCUCCAGGUGGAAUUGAUCAGGUGGUAGCUCAGGGGCAAAGGUCAUGCACUAAGGACAGGAGAGUCGACCCUCAGCUUUUGAAGAUGGCCCUGGCUUCUCAUCCCAAACUGAGAGCAGCCCUGUUUCCUGCUGGAUCUUGCGGGAAUGACAUCUCCAUUUAUCACCUUCUUCAGUGUCUUCAUCCUCUAGAUCCGUCCAGGCUGUUUGGCUGGCAGCUGUCUAACACUCUAAAUUCAGUCGAAACAUCAGAGCUGCCUCAUUUCUCCUGCCCCCAUCUGGUCAGCAAGUUUGCUCUGGUGGAGAACCUGGACUUCCUUUACUACAUCCAACAUGGGCGGCCAUCUUUUGCAUAUGGCAACUUCCUGGUCCAGCAGCUGAGGGCCUGCAGUGAUGUGAAACUGCUGCUGAAACAGGCCUGGCAGCAGGUGUACAAGUUGGUUCUGAAAUAUUUCAAUGUGCCAUCGGUGACAUCAGCUGCUGUUUGUUUCUGUGAGCUGCUGGGAAUCUGCAGCCUGAAGCUGAGAGUUGACACCCGAGCCUUGAACACAAUCCUACAACACUGGAAUCAGCAGGACACGCACAAUCCAGUCCAGCACCUAAGAACUCUGGCUGUAAAGAUGGUGGAGGCGGAGUCUGGAGCAGCAGAAGAGCUGAUUGGAUACCUGGAAGCUGCAGUGAAAGAAAGUUUGGAGCUGAGAGGAAUUUACAGAUCAUCGUAUGAGGCAGCUCAGGAGUGGGUGCUGCCUGUUCAGUUCUGUCAGCUCCACGGUCUGAAGCUCAGUUCGGUUUAUCCCCUCCACUGUGCCAAGGACAGACAGUUAAUCUACUUUUUAGUGUUCAUUCAGCUUCACAACUUCCCACCUCAGCAGGUGAGCUCCCUUGUGUCUCAGUUUGACCCAACACUACAGACCCACCUGAGCCUCGCGUUUCAGGACCUGCAAGUUCAUAUUGAAAGAAGAGGUUGUAGUCCUGAAGAGCAGUCUGGGUCGUUGAGAAGGAAAGAGUCCUACAGUAGCCCAGAGCAUCCCAGAGAGGUGUUCCAGGUCCUGCUGCAGAGCCAGGUGGAAAUGGUGCCAUGUAGGUACCUCCUGCAUGAGGCUCUGGUUCAACACUGUCCAGUGCUGACGGUGCUGGCUGCCUGUCUGCAGAGAACGGAGCUGCUGCCUUGCCUCUGUGUGUGGGUGCUGACCUCUGUGGACGAUGCCACUGCUGAUCAAGCUACCUCUCACUUGAUUGAAGCUCCGCAGGAUCACGAGUGGACCCUGCAUGACCUGUCAAUCAUAUGGAGGACACUGCUAGGGCGGGGCCAUGUCAGGCCCCUUCUACGUGGCUUUGAGCUCUUCCAGAGGGACUGUCCUCUGGUUUUGGUGUUGAGGAUGUUUGAGUUGUGUUAUGACUACAGGAAAUUCACUGAAGCCAAAACAAAGUUGCUGGACUUCCAAAGGACGCUCAUUACCCUCAGGAACGGCGGUCCGGUUCCCUGUGGUAGCCUCCCUCUGGCGUGGGUGGAGAGCCAGGCCUCAGUGCUGCUCCUCAUAAUGCUGCAGCACUGCUCCUCCCAGUACGAUCUUCACCACUUGCUACAGCUUCUGGCAGAUGUGGACAAACUCCUCAAAUCCAAUGGUCCAGACUUCAAGAAGCUGAGUCAGCUGAGCCAGUUGCUGCAGGGGUCAGGGAUCAGUCUGCCCCCCAGGCUGCUCCAGUACAGUUCCACCUCUGUCCAGCAGGAGGAGUUCCAGCUCAUAGUGGAUGCCCUCCAGACCCGAGGGCUCUACAGCCGUGCUAGGCAGGUGGCCCUGCUGGCUGGUCUGCCUGUCCAUCGCCUCCUCCUGAACCAGCUUUCCCAGGAGGCCAUCAUCCAGAGGACCAAGCAGCAGUGGAGGCGACUGGACACCAGGGUCACUUUCUGGAAAAAGUGUCACAAGCAGCUGAAAGCUGAAAGCACUGAUCCAGAGUCAGUCUCUGGUUUCUUCCUAUCACAGUCUGAAUCUGUGGCCACCAAGGCACCAACCGGCGAGGAGGCUCAGGCAGAGCUGCUGGACCUCCAGGAGCGCAGUUUGCUACUCCAGCUCACUGCUCACUUCCUGUCUCAGCUCAGCCCCGUUCCUCUGGACAAACUCCAGAGCUUAGAGAAAAGACUGUGGCUCAGUCGAGUCCAAAACCACACCCUUACUGCUACAGUGGCAAAAGAUAGUAUGUUUAACCUUCCGCCUGCCAUCACGUCUGAAACUAACGCAUAUGAAGUGUUCAUGAGGGAGUUUUCCUUCUCUAACAUAGCCGACCUGAACACGGACAAAGACCUGAGUCUGGAGGGACUUCCAGGACCCUCAAUGGAGCAGGAGACAUUGAAUGUUGGGCCUAAGUUAAGUCCUGAGGAGAAGGAGGUUCUCUCAGAGCUUGUGAGUCAGUUACUAGACGAAGGCAGCGUCCAUGAAGCUAGCCGUGUUAGCCGAUACUUCUCCCUGUACCAUCCAGAUGUGUGGGGGGCUUUGCAAUGCCACGCCCUAGCAUGUGGGGACCUGAGCCCUGAGGCCCAGGAGAAGACUCCAGAAGCUCCAACAAGAGAAACCAUCCCUGCCUCAUCGUCACACAGCAGCCUGUCGUCGUUUGUGAUGCUGCUCCCCGAAGACACGGUCUCCGCUCAGCUCCAGACAUUGGUGGAUCAGCGUCAACAUGGCAGCAGCUACUGCAAACAAGUGCUUAGCCUUUACCAGCUCUCUAAGGAGCUGCAGUAUACCUUCCACCAGAUCUGUAAGGAGGAGCCUGGGAGUGUGCUGGAGAAGCUGCUGCUGCUGGAGCAGCCAGACCGCUUCAGGAAGGCUCAGACCUUCAUCCAAGCUCGGGGUCUCUCCUCGGAAGCUGUGGCUAAGCUGGUCUCCACCUCUGUGGUUCGCGCACUGUCAGCCUCCACUCAGGAGCUGCAGCCUGGAGAGAAGCAGGUUUUCAGGCCAUCAGAAGGUCCUGAUCCUUGGGUCCAGCUGAUCAAACUGUGUGGUGAUCCCAACUCGGUGGGACUGAAAUUGCUGGAAGACCUCAACGCUGUUCCUCUGUGGGACCUGAACUGCAUUGUUGAGCUGCUGAUUGUGGCUCACAGCUGUUUCAGCCUCACCUGUAACAUGGAGGGGAUCAUCCGGGUGCUGCAAGCUGCUCGCCACCUUAGCCACACCUACCUGGCUCCAGGAGAGCACCACGGCCUGCUGGUGCGUCUGCUGACGGGCAUCGGCAGGUACAAUGAAAUGACGUACAUUUUCGACCUGCUGCAUCAGAAUCAUUGUUUUGAGAUGCUACUCAGAAAGAAGGUGGAAAUCGAGCGGGGACAGAGCUCCAGUCUGAAGACGGCUCUGCUGGACUACAUAAAACGCUGCCUCCCUGCUGACAGUGAGAAGCACAACAUGGUGGCUCUUUGCUUCAGCAUGAGGAGGGAGAUCGGAGAAAACCAUGAGAUAGCAGCCAGAACACAGCUGAAGAUGAUCGAGUCCCAGCCCUGGGUUGUGACUCCUGAGCUGAAGGCUUCACUGGUGAAGGUGCUGGGUCUGCUGAAGGAUGCUGCAGAGAGCUUCUCCAAGGACUCAUGCAUGCGCCAGGCGAGUCGUUGUGUACAGACAGCAAAGCUGGUUACUCUACAGCUCCACCUCCUGGAUCGAGGAUCAGACCUGCGUAUCGUUAACCUGAGACCUGCAGAGAUACAGAGCGCUGUCACGGCUCUGCCCAGAUGUUACCAGGUGUUUGUGGUGUCGGAGGCGUAUGGCUACAGCCUGGACUGGGCUGACAUUUUGUUCCAGAAGGUGGUGCUGAAGGGAGACUUUGUGUACCUGGAGGAUCUGAAGCUGCAUCGUCCACUCACCUCUGGUCUGUUUGAGGACAUUUUCAGAAAGCUGGACGGAGCUCCCGGCACAAACACCACCAACGUGAAGCGUCUGCUGACUUACUGUGAUGACGUCUACACCCGCUACAGACUGGCCUACCAGCAGAAGCUUUAUGACAUCACUAAGAUGCUGCUGCAGGACAACAAAACCUCCAACUACCUGAAUGACAAACUGGCCAGACAGUGAUGAGCUGCUUAAUUUCCAUCAGGGACUUCUGUCCACUGGUGGAAAUGAACUGGGCUCUACCUUAACCCGCUCAAAUUAUUCUGGUUAGCAUCUUGCAAAAAUAUUUUUUCACUUGAAAUAAUAAAAUGUAAACUUGUAUAAAGUGUAAA